CACAAGAAAAAAAAGAAAGAAAAGAAAAGCCGACGCGUCGUUUCUACAAGGGUCCUUUAAUUUUUUACGUACACUUUACUGUAUCCUCACUUGUCCUGUCCUUGUCGACAUAUCCAAUGUGUGGUUCAGAAUCUCAGACAAAUGCUUCGCUAUCCUUUACCUUCAACCUAAACUAUCAUUCAUUCCUCUCUUCAUCUUCCCUCCAAGACCCUCUAAUUCCUCUCCCAUGGCUUCGCUCCGCCCAUUUCUUUCCCUUUCCCCUGUCUUCCCUGCGCCUAACCACACACGCCCCACAGAUUCCCUUCUUAUUCACGCUCCAUUCUCUUCCUCCUUCAAAUUAGUCUCCGCUAAACCAAGAUUCGCGGUGCGCACCGCCGCCGUCGCCGGCGCCGAAAUUGCAGAUCCGGUCGGUGACCUGAAGGACGAUGAUAAUCAGGUGGUUCUUUUGGAUCCGACAACCAGCGAGAAGCCUGACGGUGAAGCUACGGCGGAGUACAAUUGGACUGAAGAGUGGUAUCCGCUGUAUUUGACGAGGGAUGUGCCGGAAGAUGCUCCGUUGGGGCUCACUGUGUUCGAUAAGCAGUUAGUUCUGUACCGCGAUGGAGCCGGCGAGCUUCACUGUCACGAAGAUAGGUGCCCACACAGGCUAGCAAAGCUCUCGGAAGGCCAAUUGAUCGAUGGCAGACUGGAAUGUCUUUACCAUGGCUGGCAAUUUGAAGGUGAGGGGAAAUGUGUGAAGAUUCCUCAGCUUCCAUCAGAUGCCAAGAUUCCUAGAUCAGCAUGUCUAAGAACAUACGAAGUAAGGGAGUCACAGGGAGUUGUAUGGGUAUGGAUGUCUUUGGAAAAGCCUUCAACCCUAAAGAACAUACCAUGGUUCGAGAACUUCGACCGGCCCGGCUUUCGAGAUUUUUCGUCCAUUCACGAGCUUCCUUAUGAUCACUCCAUACUUCUCGAAAACCUUAUGGACCCUGCACAUAUACCUAUCUCCCAUGACAGAACGAGUUAUCCUGCCAAAAGGGAAGAUGCUCAGCCGCUAGCAUUCGAGGUUACGGAGCGUACAAAUCGCGGUUUUGCCGGUCGGUGGGGCAAUGCUAAAGAGCAGCCGUUGUCAAACUUCUUGAGAUUUGAAGCACCUUGUGUCCUUCAGAAUAACAGGGAAACUACCAAUAAAAAAGGUGAGAUUGAUUACUUUACAGGGCUUUUCCUAUGUAGACCUACAGGCCAAGGGAAAUCCAUGGUUAUAGUGAGAUUUGGUAGCACAGCAUCAACUGUUAGGCUAAACUUGUUCCCUUCAUGGUUUUUACAUCAAAAUGCCUGCAGAGUUUUUGAGCAAGACAUGGGAUUUCUUUCAUCCCAAAAUGAGGUUCUAAUGAAAGAAAAAGUACCUACCAAGGAACUCUAUCUCAACUUACGAUCCUCUGACACUUGGGUUCUCGAGUACCGACGUUGGAUGGACAAAGUCGGCCAUGGGAUGCCGUAUUACUUUGGACACAGUACGAUAUCGUUACCGAAACUGCCUGCUGUUAUCGAACACGCCCCCGCGGGACUAGUUGCUGGAACUGCAGCAUCCCCUCCGGCUAAGGGGGGAAUCGGAACUAUGCAUGCUCCAAACUUGAAUAAUCGAUACUUUCGACAUAUCAUUCAUUGCAGAAGCUGCAGCAAUGUCAUUAAGUCGUUUCAAACUUGGAAUAAGGCUCUUUCUGCCAUUGCUAUAACAUUGAUUGCAUUGGCAAUUUUGGUGAAUGGAAGGCAAUGGAAGGCCCUUAGUUUGUUAUCAGCAGCAUUAUUCUUUGGUGGAGCUUAUGCUUGCUCAGCUGCUGUCGCUUUAAAUACAGAUAAUUUUAUAAGAACUCAUAGAAGGUUGUAAGUAAUUGUUUAGAUUUCAAAAUAGUUGGGUACAGAUAAUAAAAAACUACGUAAAUUUAUGUUCUUCUUUAA